AAAAGGCUCCUACUAUCUGAUUCGGCCAUUUAUUAGCAUCGAGUUUAGUAUAUUGCUGCCUACAUCCCUUCCCACUUCCUUUCUCUUCCUUCUCCGACAACCCCCACCAACCCCCCCACCCCACCCCCCAAAACAAAAAAAAAAAACAAAAAAAAAAAAACUUCUCUUUUCCAACGUUUAGCAUUGGGCUGCGGAUUGUUGAUCAGAUCCACCCAUCGCCACUGACUGCCUCCCUCAUAAACCAUGGCUGCGAAGUUCACUGAAAUGAGACUCAAGGUUGAUCUUCAAUGCCCCUGCUGCUACAAGAAGGUCAAGAACAUCCUCUGCAAAUUUCCUCAAAUCCGAGACCAGGUAUAUGAUGAGAAGCAAAAUCUGGUGACCAUCACCGUGGUGUGCUGUAGCCCGGAGAAAAUCCGCGACAAAUUAUGUUGCAAGGGUGGCAAAGUCAUCAAGAGCAUUGAGAUCGUACCAGAAAGAGUAGUAGAACAUGGAAGAAAACCAAUAGUACACGCAAAGCCCGAAGUGCCGGAAAAGUCAAAGCCAUCGCCAGAAAAGCAUCCCAAAAAAACUCCGAGGGCACCUGAACCGUGCUUGCACCCGCCAGUUCCAAGGGGGUUCUGCUGUGUCCCAUGUUCGGAAGGGUACGGCGGGGGACCAUGUUACCAUGGUUACGGGCGGCCCAUGCCCCCACCACCCUGUUAUGUUAGCUAUGGAUACGGGUGCGGGUGCGGGUAUGGGAAGCGGCAUCAGUACAACUGCUGCGAUUAUUUUAGUGAGGAGAACACUGAGGGUUGCACGAUUAUGUGAGACCAGAGUAGAGAAUUCGAUGGGAUGACCUUAGUGUGAUUCUACUGAUAUGAUGUGAACAGCGUCCAAAUUAAUCAAUUAAUUUUGUUUGGUGAGAGGUACAUGCGAAUGCAUUGAAGCAAAAUAAUACUAGUAUUGUGUGGUAAGGGCCUUAGGCCCCUCGUAGGACCUAUAAUAUAAAUGGAAGAAGAAAAUAAAACUAAUGUGUACUCUAUGAUUAUGGGGAAUGGAGUAUGGAGAGAGAGAGAGACGUGGGGGCUUAUUCAAGUUGGAAGUCACUUAGAAUAAGCUUUCAUUUGUACCCAAAUGAAUAAGCUUUCUUAAGUGUCAAGGUACACUUUUGUAAAGAUAUUUGA